GCUCCUUCAUGCUUCCAGCAACUUGUUGCACGCUGCGAGGGCUUGGAGGUCAACAAGCAUUAUAAAAGCGAACGUCAGUGCUUGAGAAAGAGGCACACACUGCACUCCAACUGUUCAAACCAAGUGCUCCAGCUUUGAAGAAGAAGAUUCUCAGUUCAAAGGACAGAAGAUCUGACGAGAAACGACGAAAAAAACGUCGAAGAAAGAUCCCAGCAACACAUUAAGCAUUUGAAUAGAAAUGGCGAACAAACAAUCAGACGAAAUAUCGAUGCCUGAAAUGGCAACUUUUCCUAAGGCGGACUCUACAAACACGCUGUUAACGAGAAAAUUCAAGAAAAGAUUCUCAGCUGAUUUAUGCUGGAAAAUUAUUAUAACUCUUGCGGUUAUCAUCAUUGCUUGUUUUAUCAUCUACAAAGAAGUACAUGAAGAAAAAUCGUCGACAAAAACAAAGCUUUCGUCCCCAAAGAGUGGGAAGUCAUCCAGGGAAGAUGAAGGAAGGGAAACAACUGAUAAGACCAUUUUGGAUUGUACAUCAGGCUCAAUCAAGUCCUCUGAAGCGACGUUUACUUUUCAACCAUAUAAUUCUAAACAGCCGUACACAACCCAUGGAAUGGAAUUCAAAUUUGAAGUUAUCAAAAAGAAACCAGGGAUUGAAAAAGAAGUGACCAAGCUUCAAGGGGUGCGUUAUUACUACAAUGUUGCCAGGUGUAAAAUUGGUGGCGGAGUCCAGGUUGAUAAGAAACCGUUUAUUCGGGGACCUUUGGUUUUUGCCAUUGAUGAACAAUGCACCAAGGCGUAUUACUUCCUCAGUGGAUGGAAAGAAUAUAGGUCGGCAAGAAACCUAAAGUGUUCUGCUCGUGAAGAAGAUAAGAAAGAAGUCACUGAGUCAGAUUGUUUGGAUGGGUCGAUUGAGGGUUCAAACUCUUCAUUUAUUUAUCUGCCGUUUGGAGCCACCAAGCUCUACCGUGCGAGUGGUGUGGAAUUCUCAUUUGAAACCAUUGUCAAAAAGACAAAACUCGGAUCCAGGUUAACAAAACUCAACGAGACGAUGGCUUCUACACCUAAAGUCCAUUACUAUUACAAUAUACCACGAUGUCGCAUUGGUGGGGGAACUCAGCUCGAUAAAAAACCAAUCAUUAGAGGACCACUUGUCUUCGCUGUUGAUGAAGUUUGUGGUGACGCGUAUUACUUUACUGAGGGAGUUGGUUGGCACAGAUACGUUUCAGCAAAAAAUAUCUCGUGUUCGAAGCAUGGCAAUGCAAGUUGCUUUGAGGGUUCCCUUCAAUCGUACGCCAAAUUUAAAUACGUAUCCUCAAAAACGAGCUCAAAGGUUGGUGUCACAGGAAUCCAGUAUAAUUUGACAAAGUUGCUUGACAAAAUACGACUUUUGACCACGGACUAUCACGGCGUAGCAAAAAUACCUGAACUUGCAGGAGAAGGUCAUUCCUACUAUUUAAACCUCCAUCGAUGUUACAAUGGUGGUCCGGUCAACUUUCAGAUUGAUCCACCAAUAGGCGGACCCAUUAUCUUUGCCAUUAAUAACGAAUGUUCCCGUGCAUAUUACCUCGGAGCAAAUCCCGUAAGGUGGAAUCCUUAUGGCUCUGGUAGUGACAUCAAGUGUGGGAGUCGCAAGUUCUGAGAAGGACUGAACUGCGAUGAGAGUUUUGUAGAUAUUUCAAUAGUUAUCGAGCUUUCGCGUGUAGAAAAUAAACUAAAAAUCCUUUGUAAUUCGAGUGUGAUACUAACACUGGCUGAAACUCGCUUGAAUGAAUCAAAACUUCCAAUAAUGGGUGAG